CGCAUUUAUGUUACAAAACGAAUGGAGACUUGUGCGCUUUAACAUCGGACAGAUGUUACCUUUUAUUGCAUAUUUUAAGACUCAACUAAAAAACGCAGCAGAAGUUUAUGUCAUUUUUUAGUUCAGGACUUAUUUAAGCAGUUUAUUCUUUACGUAAGUACUGGUAAAACUAAAGAUCUGUGUAACGUCUCAUAAUCAAUUAUUUUUAAGUAUUUUUUCUUCACAGUAAGCGUAAAAAAAACAUUUAUAAUCGUGAAAUGAACAUGCAAAAUCACGCGAAUACCAGGCUGCAAGUGAGCAAUGCCACCCGGAAGCUCUCCAAAGAGGAAGAGGUGGCAGCGUCCCUGUCACGCUCGGUUUCCGGAACGUGCUCCGUAAAAGGGCGGGACACAAUAGUGGCGAUCGCCGGAGACGAGAAGGGCUGUAUGUUUAAAAGAAACCACCUAUUCGUAACGGUACUGGCUAGUGCGGCAUUCGUAGGCUUACUUGUAGCGUUUGUGGUAUUUCAACGGCCUGGGAUUGUCCGACCUCCGGGUAACACGUUAAGCUACGAUGCCGACACGAAUACGUUCCGGGACUGCGCGUGCGCAACCGAACUGGAAGUUAAACAUGACGACGAAGAAGACAAUAAAUACGUCGCGACCGAUUCGCAUAACGUUUUCAGUGAUGACUCAUAUUCUGUAAAAGCGAACCCUAAGGUGUCCAUGAAUCCUGAAUUAGAUAUUCGGUUGCCUACAAACAUCAUACCCAGGCACUAUAACCUUGACCUAGAUGUAUAUGUCGACGAAGGUAACUAUACUGGAAGCGUAAAAAUUUAUGUCAACGUGACGUCAGAGACUCGUUACGUUAUUUUUCAUGUGAAAUUUUAUAUGCUCCGUCUUUUUGAAGAGGAGGUAUACAUAUAUAAACCGUCAGACUACACAAACGAAAAGGACCUUGGUAAAAUCAGCAUCGGAAUCAUCCGUCAUUUUGAUGACUUUGACAAAGAAAUACACGUGAUCGAACUCAAAACGGCACUUCCGGUCGGUGAACACGUAAUCUACAUACGGAAGUUUCAAGGUUAUAUCUUUGGCGAUCUCAAAGGGAUUUAUCUAAGUUCGUACAAAACGUCAACUGGGGAAACAAGAAAACUGGUUGCCUCACAACUGCAGUCUACAGAUGCCCGAAAAGUGUUUCCCUGCUUUGACGAACCCGCAAUGAAGGCGACGUUUAACGUUUCAAUCACGCAUGACGUCAAGUACACAGCCCUAAGCAACAUGCCAGUGAUCGCCUCGCAAUGCGUCGGCGAUUGCAACCGGUUACGUGACGUGUUCCAGACCACGCCCAUUAUGUCCACGUACCUACUGGCGUUCGUCGUGUCAGAUUUCCGGUAUACUGAGCGACUACUUGACGGAAAUUAUACGUUACGGAUAUGGUCGCAGCCUGAUCUAAUUAACCUGACUCACUAUGCCCUGAACUUCGCUAUCAACUCGUAUGGAUAUUUCACGGACUACUUUCAAAUGCCGGAUGUGAUGAUUAAAGCCGAUCACGUGGCCGUUCCGGACUUCAGCGGAGCCGCCAUGGAGAACUGGGGUCUCGUAAUCUACCGCGAGACGGCGCUUCUGUACGACCCGAAUGUGUCGUCGAGCUUCAACAAAUACAUGGUGACCCUGAUCAUCGCGCACGAGAUCUCGCACACCUGGUUCGGCAACAUGGUGACCAUGCGCUGGUGGUCGGACCUCUGGCUGAACGAGGGCUUUGCCAGCAUCCUCAUGUACUUCUCCAUGGACCACGCCUACCCGGAUUGGAACGUGCUGGAAAUUGUUGUGGUAGAGGACAUAUUUCCGGUGAUGGUGAAAGACGCGCUUGUGACGUCACAUCCGGUGUCCACCAAUAUCAUCCAUCCGAUCGAGAUAGCGGAGUCAUUCGAUCAAAUCUCGUAUAACAAGGGCAUGGCUAUACUGCGCAUGCUUGAGACAUUUCUCGGACCUGAUGGCUUUAGGCUAGGUCUUCAGACGUAUGUUGAAAAGUACAAAUUCGACAAUGCCGAUCAUGAUGAGCUUUGGGCUACAUUUUCUAAGACGACCAACAACACAAUAGACAUCGGCGCCAUCAUGGAUACGUGGACGCGACAGACCGGAUAUCCGGUGGUCACAAUUCGUCAGCUGGGAGAUUUCUACAUCCUUGAGCAGCAGCGGUUCCUGAUGGAUUCACACACAUCCGGUGACGAACCGGAAGAAAUAUCCGAAUUCGGGUAUAAAUGGCGUAUUCCUUUUACUUAUCGCCUGGAGGGAGAGAACAAUACCCGUCUCCAUUGGCUCAAUAUGGGUCCAGGUAAGGUACCCAGAUCACGGGACGGCUGGAUUAUAGGCAACGUGGACUAUGGGGGUUUCUACCGCGUGAACUAUGACCUCGACAUGUGGAACAGGUUGUCAGAGCAACUUAAUUCCGACCACAAGAUUUUUUCCGGUGCGAAUAGGGCUGGGUUAAUAGGUGACGCGUUCAAUCUCGCCCGAGCCUCCCUGCUCGACUACGGUAUCGCGUUCAACAUAACGACGUAUCUAAGUCACGAGCAGAGUUAUGUCCCGUGGAAGGCGUUUCUAGACUGCUUAGAGUUUAUACGAGGCAUGCUGUCCAAGACCACCGCCUAUGUGCUUCUACAGAAGUAUAUCGGAGAGCUCAUCGAGCCUGUCCUAAACAAGGUCGGUAUGGAUGGAGUUGGGGAUUUGCCUGAAAUGUACUUACGGCGAACGCUCUUACGAACCGGAUGUGACGUAGGUGUAAAAUCUGCGGUGAUGUACGCGAAACGUUGCUUCCGGGAAUGGAUGAUUAACGGAACACGGCCGACGACGGAUUACGCUCAGCUGAUCUACGCUGUGGGCGUACAGGAGGGGAGUGUGGACGAGUGGGACUAUGUGUGGAACCAGUCUCAGAGCACGCAGUCUCCCGCGGAACGCGAGAUGUUACUAGAGGCGCUGGCGCAUACUCAGAAACCCUAUCUGCUCUGGAGAUAUGCCCAGUGGAUCUUCGACGGAGACAAGAUAAAGCUCCAAGAUGUUCGCCUCGUGACGAACUACUUCUCCAGCACGCCACUGGGCCGAAUGAUCGCACUGCACUUCCUUAUGAACUACUGGGACGAUCUAAACGACAAGUUUGGAGCCGAUACGUUCAUAAUCAGUGAGAUGAUAGGGGAAGUUACUCAGUACGUGAACAGUGAGUUUGAACUAAGACAGCUGGAGUUAUUGUUCAAAGAGAAACCACCAAAAGGAGCAAAACAGGGCGCGGACAACGCACUGGCGCUUAUCAGGGCGAACAUUAACUGGAUGGACAGCAACUAUCACGCUAUUUCAUCCUGGCUUCAGGAGCACGUGCCAAGCUCGUUCUAAAAACCCUCAAAUGGCCGUCACGCGAUACGCACGUGAUUAACUUGCAAAACAUAGCAACGUGAUGAAGGAGAUAAAGCUUCGAGAUCGUUCUAAAUAUUUAUAUUUCACAUUCGUUUUAAUUUGCUUCAAAAUAGUCAGUCAAGUGAUGUGUAGGAUGAUCUGUCGAGUUCGACUUAAAAUGUUUCGUGUUGGUUAAAAAAAGACUUAGUGAAGUUAAAAUGAUAGGUCGCUAAAACGUGAUUGAAAGAUAUAAAAUAAAAGCCAUAUAGUUCAAUUAUUUCAUAUAAAAAAAUGAAAACGCCUGAUAUUAAUACAUUGGUUGUGUGUUAAUGUAAUUCCAUGAAACAUUUAUCUAUAAGAUUUUCUGAAUUUCGGUGAAUUCUAUUAUACAUCAUACAUUGAACAUAAUAAUAGGAUUAUGUGAUUUCUUGAGAAUUUAUAGAUUUUUCAUUUAAAAUACUAAAAACACUUAAUAUUGUUCAACGUUUUUCAGUCAGAGUGAUAAUUAUUAAUUUGUAUUAAACAUGUAUAUUUACUUCUAAAGGUUAGUUAAUAUUGAAUGUUGUUGUUGUUACAAUUAUUGUUGUCAUUUUUCAGCUGCUACUGUUAAUGUUUAUGUUGGCAUUGUUUCUGCCGAUGUUGUAGGUAUCGAUAGCGUUGUUAUAAAAAAAAAACGUUUUUUCAAAGUGUGUAUUUACUUCAUGGAGAAAGUGAUUAAAUUUUCAAAGUAA